GAGGGUGCGCGCGCGGACAUGCAAGAAAUCUGGCGGAUUGGUUGAUGAACGACACGUGGCUUUCCGCAUGUCGUAUAGAAGAGCUGUGUCUUGAGAUGUGUCGACAACCAAUGGCUCAAGCCAUGUUGGCUCAAACCAAUUUGGCUCAAGGGUCCCGCCCACAGGUUUCCGACAACGACCCGGCCCCGCGCGCGGGCCCGCGCGUAGAGGGUAAUCCGCGCGCGCGCGGCCUGCACUGGAUGCCGGGCGGCCGCCGGGGUGGCUGCUGGCGGGGCGGACCCGGCGUUGCUCCCAGGACCACGGGCCAUGCUGGGGCGCCAUGCUGGGGCUGCCCUUGCGGGCACGAGGGCGAUUGGGCGUGCCGCUUGCGCUGCCAGCGCGGCGGCAAGCCUGCGCGGCGCCGCAACGGAUCGCAGAUGCAGCCCGCGCAGCAGCGGCCGUCGCAGAAGGCGGAGCCCAGGUCGGGGGUGCCUCGUAAGCGACGCCAGCCGCGUGCAGGUCUCCUACGCGGCCAUGGUGCAGCGCAUGCUGCCAUCGCCGCCGGGCGGCGGAGCGGACUGGAGACUUGCAGAUGCAGCCGUCCACCGCGGCUGGCACUCCGCAGGACCCCUCGGCGGCCGAGUUGAGCCCUUCGCAGAAAGAGCUCCGCUAUUGGCACGAACGCCAGGCGUCUGCCCAGCGCUGCGGGACGACGGCGGACGAGGCCGUGUGCGAGCGACAGAUCCAAGCCUUGGAGCUGGCCGCUCAGGGGUCGAAUCCUUGGGCAGUCAUCGUCCAGGCCAUGACGGACUCGCAGAAGGCGGCGGCGAACAAGCUGAUGACGAUUAACGAGGACUUGACGGAGGCGCGCCAGGCCCUGGCGCACUUCGAGGCUGAGGGGGUGAAGGCGCAGGCAGCACUUGGCCAGGCCGGUGCGGCGCUGAUAGCGGUGCAGGCGGAGGCGCCUCCUGCACCUGCACCUCCUGCCGCCACCUCUCCGAGGCUGGGGUCGCCGCAGCCUUCGACACGCUGGCGGCCGCCGCCACGAGGCUGCAGCCGCACGGAAACGGCGCGAGAGGCGGCGGAGGCGAGGCCGCGGCGCUCCUCGAGCAGCUCCGCGCGCUGGUGGCUGCCGCUGUGCGCGGGGCCGGCGAAGGGGGCCCCUGCCGCAUGUGCGGCGGCGGGCGCGGCAGCUCCCGCCGCCUCUGCGCAUGCCGAUGCC